GGAGAAUUAAAGAAACGGGCGAAAAGAAUGAGAAAGUUGUUGCUCGAAAAAGCAUGGUUGGCUCGUUCAAAUGCUUGAGUGAUCUUCCUGAGCGGCUUCCUCCAUAUAAAGCUGGCGCCUGUCCCUGAAAUGAACCACAACCUGCAGUCUCAGAUCCAUUGUGAUCAUACUAAAUUCGCAGUCAAAUUAUCCCCCCUUCUCUUCAGGAGCAGCGUAUCACUUUCCUAUACUCGUGUUAAGACAUCAACACAACCCUAACCAUACGGGAAAAGAGGCACCAUGCCUUUGGAUCAGAAGAAGGUUCUUGUAGUAUUUGGAGCCACCGGUGUCCAGGGAGGAUCAGUUACCAGAGCCAUACUCAAUGAUCCUAUCGCUAGGGAAGAGUUUCACGUACGAGCCGUUACUAGAGACCCAUCAAAACCGGCUGCGAUAGCGUUGGCAGAGACUGGCGCUGAGAUUAUCCAGGCCAAUCUUGAAGAUAAAGAAGCUUUGCGCAUUGCUUUAAAAGGUGCUUAUGCAGUAUAUGCUGUAACAACCUUCUUUGAGACUUUCGAUUUUGCGGCCGAGACAAAGCAAGGACAAAAUGUUGCGGAUAUAGCCAAGGAACUCGAUGUUAAGCAUCUAAUUUGGAGCGGUCUUCCCAACGUCUCAAAGAUCACAAAUAAUAAGCUUACAAGGGUUCUACACUUUGACAGUAAGGCCCGCGUUACCGACUACAUAAGAUCACUAGGCAUUCCGCACACCAUUGUGCAUAUCGGGACAUAUUCCAAGAUCGUAAUCGAUGCACUCGCUCAUCUUUCUCCUGAAUCGAGGUCUUAUGGGAUGUUCUGGCCAGAACCUACUAAUGAGACGACGAGACUGCCAAUCAUCGACGAAUAUAUUGACAUUGGCAAAUUCAUCAAGGCCAUCCUUCUAAAGCCGGAACAGUCACUUGGUCGUCAACUCAACCUCGCUGAGAAAUGGUAUACAAUCCAAGAACUUGUGACGAUUAUGAGAGAUCUUAGCCUCGAUGUGGUUUUUCAAAGUCUUGAUCAAGAAACCUUUAAAAAAGGUCUGACUUUGAAAGGGGUUCCCGAUAUUUUUCAGGAGGACCUGGUGCAGGUUAUGCAAUAUGUUAACGGGUAUAACCUUUUUGGUGGAGGAGAUAUAGAAGAGAGUCACCAGAUAGUGGGUGGACGACUAUCAUCUUUCCGGGAAGCACUAGAAAGGAGUCCAGAUUUUAAGAAACUACUGGAAUAGAAAGCUAACAGUUUUUCCGAAUUCUACAUCGACUAAGAGCCAAUAAACAAAUAUAAUAUGCAGCUUUAACGAUUUUUACUGAUUUGUAAAGGAACCAAUUGAUGCAGUGACUAUGAUCAGAGCUCUAGCCUGUAGCUUUCAAUAAAUGCUGGACCUGAGACAGCUUCAUUGAUAGUGGGCCUUUCUGGAGAUGACGUAAAAAUAUGAUGGUGCAUGCAUGUUGCUAGGCUAAACUAAUACAUAGGUGUAUAAAACCACUUCAAUGUUG